CCACCAUCACGGCACCGCGCUCUCGCUCGUUCACUUGCAGCUGCCAUGGGCCCGAAGUCGAUCUUGAAGAGCUCUGCGGUGCCGGCGGACGCGGUGGACGCGCGCAAGCCGCCGGUGAACGAGCAGCAUCUGCAGGUGGCGCUACAGCACGCAAAUAUCAUCCAGGACCAAAAGAACGUCGAGCAAGAGAUACUAAAUGCUACCCUAGAGCUCCUCGAGUUCCCGCCCGACUCAAAAGCAGAUCCCGCGCGCCCCAGUCCCAGCGAUGCGCAUAAAUUCAAGACCCUCGUCAUGCCGUUCCAGCCCAAUGACUACGAUGCACUAAUCGAGGAGCGAAACUGCGCCGACCUCUGUGGCUACGCUCUAUGUCCACGCCCCCGAAAGAAAGUGCCCUCUGCCAGCAAGCUGCAUUUUGUCGACUCCAGAGAUCGUGGUGUACAAAUCGUGCCGAAGAAAAUGCUGGAGGUCUGGUGCUCGGACGACUGUGCGCGGCGUGCUCUCUACGUCAAGGUCCAGCUCAACGAGGAACCGGCGUGGAUGCGGCGGACAGGCGGUGGGCAGGAGAUCGAGAUUCUGGUAGAAAACACCGAGGCUCUGGAAUUCGCUCUCCCCCUUCGGCUGAAGUCAAAGAACAAAGUCCAAGGCGAGCUCAAGGACGAGGACGGGGAAGAUAUUGCGGCAGCCUGGGCUCUGGCAGAUGAAGCGCUGGCAGAGCUUUCCCAGGAGCGCGGAGAUAAAGACAGCAUGCCCAGGACGGAACUCAUCAAGGCCAAGAUUGAGGAGAGGACGAAUGUCAAGACGCCAUCCGCACCCUCCGCUGAGACAACCGCCAGCUCCGCUCACAUGGCAAUAGAAGGGCAUAUCCCCAAAUCUGAUGCCAAGAAGACCAAAGAUGCAGAUGACGAUGAAGAAGACAACGACUGGGAUGACUGAUCUGUCAAUUGUGGGUCGCAAUCGCCAACAACUCUUCAUCAAUGCAGCAUUCAGAACCAGGCCGGAUUCACCAACAGUAUCCUCUACUAAAGUAGGACAGACCAUGAACGUCUAGCUCCUAGCGGGUCUCACGACCAUCUCGAUGCAACAUAUCUUUCUCGGCGUAUGGGUAUUCACCAAAAGCGAAAGAAAGAGGCUCACAGGGCUGACUGCUUAUUCAUGCUUUGACUCUGGAAUGGGUAGGGAGAAAGGGAAGUUUUUCUGGGGAGGCAUGGGACAUGGAGAUUGGGGUACUAGGAAAUACCUCAUGUAUCAAUAAAGCUUCUUUCAUUACGACGCAAACUCUUGUG